CGGAUGGGAGGGGGCGCACUUCCUGUUGCAUGACCUGCCUUCCUUUUUAUGGAAAAUGAGAAAAUGCUUCCAAAUCCGAUAUUCUAAUUCUCUGUGUUUUCUGGGGGGAAAAAAACUAAUUAAAAGUCUUACAGCCGAUCGCUCGUAUCAUUUGUGUUAGUCUUUUGAUACUGAGCCUGAGUCUCGCGGUAACGGGUUAGAGUUGCAAAUAAUGUUUCCUUGAAGACGUAUUGAAGAAGCAAGGACGUAAUCGAAAGAAAGUCAAGACCCUGGACGGCACCCGGCCUUCUUUGAACUACGGAGUCAGUGCACGGCGUAGAUGAGGGCCCCAAAUGAAGAGUCAUCCAGCAGCAGCAAUAGUGCUGGAGGUGGCAGUAGUACCGUCCUGCAGCGUCUUUUGCAGGAGCAGAUGAAUCUGAGUUUUGUGAUGCAGCAACAACAGGUAGGAGUUGGAGCUGGCAGCGGAGGAAAUGGGGAGGGUGGCCCUUCAGAAGAGCAUUCCAGGACACCCAACAUUGCCCGACAGGAGCCCCAGGGCCAGGAACUACAGACAGACGGCCUGGAGAAAUUAAGUUCCAAAGUAGUGGGUGAUGAUGGGAGCAAUGGAGGAGAAGGAAGCAAUGGUGGAGGUGGCUCAACUAGCCACGGUCAGUGCCAAAACCCAGAGGAACUCCCAACUUACGAGGAAGCUAAGGUUCAGUCGCAAUACUUUCGUGGCCAUGGCCCACCUCCUCUGCAUCAACAACAGAGCAACCAGCCACAGCAGAACACACUUCCUACCUUUGUGGGUUCUAGCUUUUAUGUCACUGGGGUAAUAGAUUCUAAGUUGCGCACAGAGGGUCGGUCCACCAUACAGCGUGUUAAUGGGGCAGUUAAGGCACUCCAAGAUGAUGGACUAAAGGAUCUUAAACAAGGGCAUGUUCGAUCCUUAAGCGAACGGCUCAUGCAGCUCUCCCUGGCCACUUGUGGAGUCAAAGCACAUUCUCCAGUCAUUAGCACUUCACUCUCCCCUCAGCAGUCCCCUUCAGGGCAGCCAGAGGAGUACUACAAGCCCCAGCAUCAUGGCCCACCUCCAGAUUACCCAUUUAAACGAAUGAGAUCACCCGCUAAGCAGCAAAAGACUGGAAGUCCUUUUCAUCAGGAACAAAGUGAGAGGGAGCUUUCAAGGACAGUGCCACAUGUACGCUAUCAGCCUCCACCAGAGUAUGGCUCAUUCAGGUCAACUAAGGAGGGUUCAGUUACUCUCCAGAAGUCCCUUCGCCACCACAGCCCCACCUCUUCGAUCACCUCCGUUGGUUCUUUGUCCCGGGCCCAAUCUUCUACUCUUUGUAGCUUACCGGGUGCCUUCCAUGCCCCUUAUUCCUCCCACCUCUCUGUCCCUCAUCAACAGCCACAUAGUCAUGGUGAGACCUUCCGCAGCAUGGGGAUUCGCAAUCUACAGGGUCCUGUUUCCCAGUUUGGCGAGACUUUCACACCGAUGCCAAUUGAUCCAACACCACAAAGAUGUCAUGGUUUCCCCAACGACUCCUUGCCAUCGAUUCACAAUAAGCAGGAACAGACUCAUCAAUAUCCACAACAGCAUUCUCAUAGCCUGCCCCUACCCCAACCUCAACCUGUUGUCCAAGCCCGGCAUUACCCCCAUCUGCAUUCUUACUCCAACCUGCAUGAGCAGUCCUUUGAAAUGAUGGCACACACUCAGCAGAAGAUGGACAUGCUGAAUGAAGAGAACAGAGUUCUGAGGCAGGAGAUAGAUGCCUGCCGUGAUAAAGUCACCAAGCUCCACAAGUUGGAAACCGAAAUUCAGCUGGUUUCAGAGGCCUAUGAAACCCUUGCUAAUACCUCUGCCAAGAGAGAGGCCCUGGAGAAAACAAUGAGGAACAAGCUAGAAUUGGAGGUCCGGCGUCUGCAUGACUUUAACAGGGAUCUGAGAGACCGUAUGGAGACUGCCAAUAAGCAGCUUACUGCUCAAGAGUCUGAUGGGUCAGAAAACAAUCUAAAGACUGUGUCCCAACUGCUUGCACAGAACAAAGAGGCUUUGCGUGAGAAGGAAAAACUAGAGAUGGAGCUGAAUGUGCUGCACUCCACCACAGAAGACCAAAGGAGACACAUUGAAAUUAGAGAUCAGGCCCUUAACAAUGCCCAAGCCAAAGUGGUCAAAUUAGAGGAGGAGCUCAAGAAGAAACAAGUUUAUGUGGAAAAGGUGGAAAGAAUGCAACAGGCUCUAGCUCAGCUACAGGCAGCGUGCGAAAAGAGGGAACAACUUGAACAUCGACUCCGUACAAGGCUGGAGAAAGAGCUGGAAUCACUACGCAUGCAACAGCGUCAGGGAGGCACACCAAACAAUGGUAUGGUCCCAUCAGAGUACAGUGUCACCGCACUAAUGGAGCACCUGAGGGAGAAGGAGGAACGUAUUUUGGCUCUGGAGGCUGAUAUGACCAAGUGGGAACAAAAGUACUUGGAGGAGAGUGUCAUGAGACAGUUUGCCCUUGAGGCCGCUGCUUCUGUUGCGUCGCAAAGGGACACCUCUGUCACAAUGAUAAGUCAUUCUCCCAGCAGAAGCUAUGACACAUCAGUGGUGGCCCGCAUUCAAAAAGAAGAAGAAGAGAUACUAAUGGCGAAUCGCCGAUGUAUGGACAUGGAAAGCAGGAUAAAGAAUCUCCAUGCCCAGAUCAUAGAGAAGGAUGCGAUGAUUAAGGUCCUCCACCAGCGCUCCAAGAAGGAGCCAAUCAAGUCAGAUGUGCCAUCUGCAAUGAGGCCCUCCAAGUCUCUGAUGUCGAUCUCUAACGCUGGUCCUGGAAGUUCAGGAGUGCUCUCUCAUAGCAUUGGACUCAGUAGCUCAGCCAUCAUUGAAGAACGCAAAGAUAACAGCUGGAAAGGGAGCCUAGGGGUUCUGCUCAGUCAAGAAUUUCGCCCAGACUCUCUCAGGACAGAAUCUAUGACAUCAUCUCCCUCCCCGGUAUUUCCUACGACACAAACGACAGCAGUUCACUCGAAGACAGGCAGUAGGGAUAGCUGCACACAGACGGACAAGAAUCAGAGUCAGGACACCAGUAAGCCUGGCACCCCAGCCCUUCAGAGUAUGAUGAUGCCAAACCGAUUGUCCAGCACCAGCCCCCUCUACAUCACUGAGCGUGGCACUGAUGGACCUGUGUUUCAGAGCAGCACUCUGGAGCGAAGGGUCCCUAUCCAGACCCACCCACAGCAACAUCCCUCAGCCAGAGCCACCCACCAAGAAGUGGACAAGGACAUGAUGGAGAUUCUCAUCUGACCCCAUUAGCUCUUCCAAAUGAGUGAAUGGGCGGCAAUGAGUUGGUGGUCCCACGCAUCCACAGCGACACGCUCCCCAAACCUCUAGUCGACAAAUUUAUUCGGUGCACGUUAAGCGCCAGAUCAAUAACAGAAUAAUGCACAUGCUGAAGCGGCACAUUCUUUGAGAAAGGUCUGUCCCUCCCUAAAUAUGAAAAAAAAAUUUUUUGACUUAUGCAUAACGAAUGCCAGCUUGGAAAGGUUCACUUUGCGUACUUUCUAAUGUGGUUAUAAAGCAAACUGGCGGGCCAAAUUUUUACCUCAGUGGUUUGUGCUCUGUGCUCCAACAGCGCGUUUUGGUCACUGCAAGAGAAAAACGGCAACAGUUACACAUGUCCGUCGCCGGGAGUGAAAUGAAAUCAAAAUGAAAAUCUGCCAUGUUCGAAAAGAAAUGUUUACACAUGCUGCCCACACGCCUCCCCACUCAUUGACCAAAAAAAUCAAAUCGGGGGCUAUCAAAAGCGGUCGUUGGCAUCUUCUGUGCUUGGCACGCCCCUGAACUCGAUACAAAAAUAAUGUACUGUAUAUAUUUUCUUUGUGAAGCACGUAUCACAGCUUUUACACAUUUCACUAAUUCCUUUUAUUUUUGUUAAUUGGAAAAUGCCUCUUUCUGUCCCAAUAAUAAUGCUUCAAUCAAACUAUUGUUUCAAAACAUCAUGGAGUAAACAGUUCAAAAAACUCAUAUGUCCACAUAAAGAGCAAACACUGUCCACUAUCACAUUUUAAAAUCACCUUUGCUUUUGGGCUGCACUUUGUCGACUGAUUUGUCAGUAACCAAGCAGCAAACAAAACACACAGGUCAAAUGUUUAAUUAAUAUGCUGAAUCAUCAGAUUACUACACAUAAUAGUGAAAACAGCAUUAAAUAACACAUAUGUUAGUGUAGGGGUGCCCAAACUUUUUUGACCAAAGAUACGCACGCACCCACUUACACACGCAUGCCAUGAUGAGCAAUAGCCUGACGCCGAGUCAUGCGACCCACUUUGGCAGCUUGUUAACGAUCGUAGAUCACGCUACCAUUUUAAAAUGCUUCUCUCGGCCCUCCAGAUUCCCAUCCUUUGCCCGUCGUGAAUUGUACAAAACAAACUCUGAAUGAGAAUAAUGAUAACGAUAAAAGAUAUAGCGCAACAACUCUGAUCACAAGCUGCAAUUGUAGACUGCUCAGCGCUAACAAUUUCCAAUGUUCGUGGUACUUUUUGUAAAAGUGAGACUGAUAGAAUGAUUAGGGUGCAGUGUGCAUUAACACAUAAAAUACAGUAUACAGGAUUACUAACAUACACUGAGACACAAAUUUUGGGUUUUUUUUUCCCCCUCUACACCCCUCGGAUCUGUCAUGUUCCGUAUUCGGAAGCAGGUGGCGCGCGUUCAUUUCUGCUGGCCGCACACCUGCUGCCUAUUUGUCAGCGCCUACGUUUAUUAAUGAUUGCUUAUUCGUAUUUCCUUGCCGUUUUCUGCAAGCGUUUUCUGUUGUUGCCUUU